AUGCUCCUUCAAAAUAACUCUAAGGAAGUGGCAGUCAAGUUUUUACAAGAAUUCACUUUCUCAAAAAAUCGAUGGAGUUUACCAACUAUUGAGUGGAAAUCCAAUCCAAACCGGCAGUUAGGAGGAAAAAAAAUGACUGCAUCAGAUAUUCUUCAGUUGAAUCUAUAUUACGAAUGUAAAGGUUAUACGAAAACAAAGCGCUUAAUCACUACAACGACUACCACAAAGACAAUAACACCUCCAAAGACUACCACAACAACUACUUUACGUCCAACAACGACAACAACAACGACAACGACUACCACGACGACAACAACACGUCCAACGACUACCACGACGACAACUACACGUCCAACGACUACCACUACAACUGCUACACGUCCAACAACGACCACAACAACGACUACUCGUCCAACAACAACAAUCAAAGCAACAACAACACGCCUAGUAAUGACAACUAAAGCGAUAACUAGUCCAACGACUACGGAAACGACAACCAUAACGACAACUACACGUCCAACAACUAUUACAUCAACAACACUUAAAACCAAGACGGUACAGCCAACAACAACCGAAGCGACGCCAACUAAGGCGACGAUGACCAGAAACACGAUGAAACCAACAACAAAACCUUCAAAAGUAUGUGGAGAUGAAACCUACCUAUGUUCAAAAGCAUUUGUAAACCGAGCUAUCUGCGCCUUUGGACAGUUUUGCAGACGGUCGUGUGGAUUAUGUUCAGGUCCAAAAGAGAACAUGUGUGAUCUACUCGUUGAUGCAAUAAAUGUUGGUUGUGAAAGCAGCAUGAGAAAAGAACACUGUGUCUCGAAUGAUAAGACAGAAAGAAGAAGGAUGAAGCAAGAGUGUUCAAAAACAUGCUGCAUGCGUGGACAGUUUUACGAAUGA